AUGAAUUACGAUUAUCCGAAUGAUGCUCCUCCACCUUACUCUGCAGUUGACCCUAUGCGAUUGCAGGAACCGGUCGAUGAUGGACAUGACGAGGAUCCUUCGGAGGCCAGUCUUUCUUCUCUAAGUAUCCAGUCGCCAUUACCAUCAUCUCCAUCCGUUGCUCAAACGACAGAGACACCAGAGACUUCAAUCGCAGACUCCGGGCUAUUAUCGGAACAUUCCGCUCCAACACGCACUGGAGUCCCUGCUCAUUUCGCAUCUGCAGCGGGCUACUUCUCUGAACGAUCCCAGCCUGUAUCAGUAACCGGAGACAUCAAACGAGAACUUCUCAUCCACCACAUGACAAUCUACGCCCGCAGUCAUAGCAAGGAUUUCCCCCGCAGACCACGCUGCUGGAACCCCCGAUCCAGCGAAAUCAAUCAACAUGACUGGGACACAUUUCUGAACUUCUUAUUUCCCUCUCAUCUCAACCCAGCCGCCUCGUCGAACAGACUUCAUCGGCAGAUACGAGCUGAGAUCGAGCGAGAUCGAAAGGAUCGUGCUCAAGAGACUGAUGACCAGCGAUCAACUCGUAUCAAGGAAGUGAGUACGGAAUGGAACGAUAACUUCUUCGCAGCUCGUGGAGUCCACAUAACAUGGACAUAUGUGGCAGAUUUAGAGGAAGGACCGUCCUCAUCCCUAUGUCCGAAUUGUUAUCCACAGGCAACUAAUGUUUCUCGCGCUCGUGGACCUGGCCGUUACGACUCCACGAAUGCGCCGAUUCCAGUAUCUAGAGACCAACCUACCCAACAGACUAUCAAGCGAAGACCGGUUCCCCAGAAUAGCUGGCCAUAUGGAUCGCCACAGACCUCGAGUGCCGGGACCGGGUUCUCUCCCGUCACCGUACCUGGUGGCUUCAUCGGCCAAGGAAUAAAUCAGGCUCGAAUGGCAUUCCCCGAGAGUUAUCAGCAAUCUGCUUCCCGGAGGUCACAUCCUGUAACUUGGGCUGCGCAGAUGACUUCAAUAGCACAGCAAUACGCAGCCAAGAUCAGUAAUCAGGCGCAAGAAUACGGUCGAGCGAUGGAAGAGAGUGCCAUGGCACGUUCGCGGCAGGUAGAAAUGUAUAGUAGGAGGGUAGAGCAAGACACAUUAGCGCGCGCAAGACAAAUAGAAGCCAUGGCAAUAUCAAAGGGACAGAGGAUCGAACAGGCUGGAGACCGCAUCGCCAAUUGGGCAUCUAACAUGGGGAAAUGUGUCGUCCAUCCGCGUCUUAGUCCAACGCCGACUGAUCAUUCAUACGAUCAAUCAACAUACGAUUUCACGUAUAAUAAUAAUCUAAUCAGACAGCAACAGCCACGCUCCCGACGACAAUCCAAUGCCUCUGAUACAUCAAUCUCAUCCAUCUUGUCUAUCGAUACUGUCUCGUCAGUCUCGGAUCUAGAGCCAGACGAUCUCGAGUCUAUCCGCGCACAACUCUCAACUCUAGAUGAGUACCACCACCACGAACUCUACGACGCCGCAGUAUCACUCCGCAGCCAACUCGAAACCAUGAAAAAGUCCCGGUACAGCAGUCGCUUCAGGUCGCACCAUGUCCAGCCCUGGGGUCGAUGGGAAUCUCCCGAAGAAGUGGCCAACAGGGAGCGGCGACGGGUUGCAAUGAAGAGAGAAUCAAAACUUUUGCGGGAGAAGUUCAAUGAGAUCGAGCGUCGCGCAAAACGGGAAGUUCGUGAUUUGCAGAAAGUCAGAAAGGAAAUGAAAAAGAGGCAGCGGUUGCGACCUAGUAGCUCUUUUAUGUCUGAGCAAUCGCUGCACGCGGAGCCACAGCGCUCUCGUGGUAUGCCUGAUAGGACGGUGUCGGAUACAAAUGCCAAUUCGUACAAGGCGAAUUACAUGGGUCUGCCAGAAUCAUUGGAUCGCACGAUUAGCGAGCCUAUUCAUCAGGUUGCUAGUGUGGCGAGCAUUCCACCACCAUCUCCAUCAAUCACAUCUUCAACAACAAGCAUAUCAACUGCACCAGCCACUGCUACUGCAGCACCGGUAAAUCCGCACGAAGCAGCAAAGGCUUGGACCGAAGCGCAACGCCAACGAGUAAAAGAAAUCCAAAAGGCGAACAAAGAGCGCAUCAAGGAGAUUCAAAAAUCGUACAAGGAGCGUGAAAAACAGCAACGGAAACCGACGAAGAAGUUAUCGAAACAAAAACAUGCGACGACUACAUUUUCGGGGCUUUAUUCUUCGUCGUCGGCGAGUUUGCAGACGGGAACUGCUAGGGUGGAAACAAGGCAAACUGUCGUUGAGGAUGAUGAUGCAGUAGAGCAACAAGCGGCUGGGACUGAGACUGGAACUAGAACAAGAGAGACCCCUAGUCAGGAGAGAGGCACAAGUGAAGCCCCUGAGACGUAUAUAGCGGAGUUGGAUGGGACAACGAUUGAGAGAAGGAUUUGA